CUUCAACUAAUCUGUGGAUCUCAGUCUUAACUGCAUCCCUAAGUAUUCCUCGAGACAAUCCGCUAUUUACUCGCCAACAGUGAAAAGAAAGGCUAAUUCCAGAAUGUUGACGUGGCCAAACGAAAAAAGGCCACGACAUAUCCCGAUAGAUACGUUAUCUAGCACGAUAAAAGGCGUUUCAUCGUUUCCGUCACCAAUCGUUGUCGAUUAUACACACACAGCAGAAGUAAAGCAAAUAAUCAGAACAACAAUGUCGACUCUCACCGUUCCAAAUCAAGUUCCCUCUGUAAACGAAGACUGUGAGCAGCUAAGAAAAGCCUUUUCAGGAUGGGGAACAAAUGAGAAGCUGAUCAUAUCCAUCCUGGCACACAGAAAUGCUACACAACGUAAGUUGAUUCGGAAAGCAUAUUCUGAUAUUUAUGGAGAAGAUCUUCUCAAGGCCCUGGACAAAGAACUUUCUAAUGACUUCGAGAGGUUGGUUCUGCUUUGGACUCUAGAUCCUGCUGAACGGGAUGCAUUUUUGGCUAAUGAAAUGACUAAGAGGCGGACUUCAAUUAAUCAAGUUCUUGUGGAAAUUGCCUGCGCAAGGUCUUCAAAUCAGUUGCUUCAGGCAAAGCAGGCAUAUCACACUUUUUACAAGAAGUCUCUUGAAGAGGAUGUUGCACAUCACACUACUGGAGACUUCCGCAAGCUUUUGCUGCCUCUUGUGAGCGCAUACCGAUAUGAAGGAGAUGAGGUGAACAUGACAUUAGCAAAAUCGGAAGCGAAGAUGCUCCAUGAGAAGAUCUCCAAUAAGGCUUACAAUGAUGAGGAUGUCAUCGGGAUCUUGUCCACAAGGAGCAAAGCACAGAUUAAUGCAACCUUGAAUCACUACAAAAAUGAAUUUGGGAAUGAUAUAAACAAGGACUUGAAGGCUGAUCCGAAGGACGAGUUCCUUGCACUACUGAGAGCCACAGUUAAAUGUUUGAUUAACCCUGAAAAGUACUUUGAAAAGGUUCUUCGGCUGGCAAUUAACAGACGAGGAACAGAUGAACAAGCUCUCACUAGAGUUGUGACCACAAGGGCAGAGUUUGACAUGAAGAUAAUAAAAGAAGAGUACCAGAAAAGGAAUAGUGUACCUCUGGAUCAUGCCAUUGCCAAGGACACCCGUGGGGACUACGAAGAAAUGCUUCUGGCACUGUUAGGACAUGAGGAUGCUUAAGUAGCUGGUAACUGUGAGAGAUAAAAAAGGCAAUAUUUCUAUCAAUAAUGUUUUUCUGUUGGUGUUUGCGGUUUGCUACAUGUGUUCUUGUUUUAUUGUCAGUCGUCCAAUGGUUUUUUGAAUUACAAAAAAAAAAAAAAUUUAUCUUUGUUUUCCUUGUAAUAAUAUGGAGUUAGCAUUUGCUGUUAAACUAUGAUAUUUAUGGAUUGGUUUUUAUUGA